AUGAUCCACUUACAGCAUGGCGAUUCAUUAUUCUCACUACUGGAAAACGUUAGAAAUCCGGACGGUAAAGGUAACCACAUCGAAAAGAUAACAGUUUAUCGAGGACGUGGCAGGAUUCUUACUGGUAACUCGAAGCAUCUAAGUCAAGAGUCAUAUCUUUUGUUGCCUGACAGUCAAACAAAGCGACUAGUUGGCGACGCAAUUCCGCGUAAGGGAGUCGUAGUCUCUUUUUAUUCUCGUCCUAAGCCUACUAUACCUGACAAGAUUACGGCCCACAAAUCAGCAAAAGGGAUCAAGUUAAACCUUCCGGCUGAAUUAUUAGCAAAAGGCACCGUUCAGGACUUGCCUAUAUCUUUCUUCGAAGAACAUAACUUGAU